AUGGCUGUUGCAAAAGGUCAUCAGUCUCAUGAGAGGAAAUCACAUUUGGCAGGUAUUGGUCGCACCGGUAUUGCUAAAAUAUUUGCUGCGAUGAAUAUAGCUCUACAACCAAAGGAAGAUCAUUUCGAAGAAAUUGAUAAAAGAAUCUUAUUACCAUGCAUCAAAAAAUUUCAGAAUGAAUCAAUGCAAGCUGCUAUUUAUGAAGCUGUUGGCGAGAACGAUGGUGAACCAACAAGGUUAACAGUUAGUGGAGAUAGAACUGUCAAAAACGUGAUUUAA